AAGUCACAGCCUUCCGCAAGUUCCGUGUGUGUUGCGGAAAAAUCCCUUUUUGGGCGUCCGACCACAUGUGUGAAUUAUGAACAAAAUAUGGUUCUUUAGUGAAUUAUUGUUCUAAAUAGCCGAUUUCAAAGUGAAUUAUACUCGGUAUCGAUAGAUAAAGUGCGUGCGGAGCGUUCAGUGUCGGAAAAAAGUUGGAACUCGACGACGGAAGUGCAUUUUUUCGAUGUAAAUACGGGCCAUCCAGGGUCAGUCUGGUGCGCCGCGAGGAUUUCUUGAAUAUUUCCAAGCAGUGUGCUCUUGUGUCGCGCUCGAGAGUCUCGCGUGUGGUUAAAGUAAAUCUCGACCUUCACCGCGGGUUCGAUCGGGUCACGUCCUGUAGGGGAGUCGGGUCGCGAUCUGCGGUACAGACGGCAGCAUGCCGUCGUGUUGAGCAGCAUGGAGGCGCGCUCGUGAUCGUCGUUCGGCGCGGAGCGCGCGCCCGGGCUUAUAUAACGAGGGCAGCGGCUGCGGCGGCAUGGCCGCGCGCGUGUCCGUCGAGGGCGCCGGGCCCUCGUACGCAUCCGUGCUAAACUUUCGGGGAGCCGAAAGUAAUAAGGAGAACAUUGAGGCGCCUCCGCCGGGGGAGGUGCCGGAGGUGGUGGUGCGGCAGGUGGAAGUGGAGGAGGAGGAGGGCUUCGUGCCCGUGAUAGCGCACGGGCGGAGGCCGGGCAAGCCGCGGCGCGAGCGGGAGCGCCGAGCGCCGCCGCGGCCGCACAAGGCAGGGACUCAGCCGCCCACAGACCCCCAGGCGCCGCCGAACCCUGACCAACCGCAGCAAGAAGACGAUGAUCAGCCUAAGAAGUUUGUAGAAGCACCCAUCCCAAAGGUCAACCCCUGGCAGGUGCGAGGGGGCAGCACCGGAGUCCCGCCGCCGGCGCCUCCGGCGUUAGAAGAGAAGAGGUCGCCGUUGCAGCCCCAGCAGCAGGGCAGGGCGCAGCCCCCGCCGCAACCGGCGCCGAUUCCAGCGGUGGCGCCGCCCAAGCCUGCCAUCGUGAAGGCGCCGAAGAUACCGAAGGUCAACCAAAAGGCAUCAGACUUCACGGACAUCGGCGACUGGCCGACGCUAGGCGCGGCGGUGGCCGGCGCGGCGCGGUGCCACUCGACCCCCCCGCCGUCUGAGGCCGAAACAUCGCACCACAACGGUAACGCGGACCAGGAACGCAAGCCGCUAGAAGAGCACCAGACCAAGGUGGAGAAGGUGGAGCCCACACAGAACCACCAGCAGAACCACGACAAGAACCACGACAAGAACCACGACAAGCACCACGACAAGUCUAAGGCCGCAGGAGGUGGUAAAGGUCCACACAAGUCCGGCAAGCACAAAUGGGUGCCCCUCGACAUAGACGUUAAGGCGGCGCGGCCGGGCAAGCACGGUCCGCCGCACGCCGCCAGGCCUGAUAAUGACACGGUGUCCCUGAACGGCGAGGAGCGUCGCGGGUCGCUGCGCGCGCGCGGCGCCGGGGGGGCGGGGGCGGGGGCGGGGGGCGCGCGGGGCGCGGCGCGCGGGGGCCGGCGCGCGCCGCCGCGCCCCGCCUCCGCGCUGCCCGCGCCCGUGCACGUCUUCCACCACGACUACCACCACGACCUGCAGCAGCUCCGCGUGGCUCAACCGGCAGUCGCACAGGGUCUGGUGCUGCACUACGGGGGCAUAGGGCUCCCGCCGCCGCCGCUGGCGGCCCCGCUGGCGCAGGCCUUCUACUACGGUGCCGCUCAUGCUACCAGCGCGCCCUACGGACUAGGACUUGACCAAGCAACGUUGAAAGACCUCAUUAAGAAGCAGAUCGAAUACUACUUCAGCCCUGACAACUUAGCGCGCGACUUCUUCCUCCGCCGCAAGAUGGCCGCCGACGGCACCAUUCCCGUCACGCUCAUCGCCUCCUUCCACCGCGUGCGAGCGCUGACACCAGACGUGGCGCUCGUGCUGGACGCCAUCCGCGACUCCGACAAGCUGCAGCUCGUCAACGGGUUCAAGGUAACACGAGAUGGCGCCACCGUCCCCCUCACAUCGCCUCCUUCCACCGCGUGCGAGCGUAACACGAGAUGGCGCCACCGUCCCCGUCACAUCGCCUCCUUCCACCGCGUGCGAGCGCUGACACCAGACGUGGCGCUCGUGCUGGACGCCAUCCGCGACUCCGACAAGCUGCAGCUCGUCAACGGGUUCAAGGUAACACGAGAUGGCGCCACCGUCCCCGUCACAUCGCCUCCUUCCACCGCAUGGCGCCACCGUCCCCCUCACAUCCCCUCCUUCCACCGCGUGCGAGCGCUGACACCAGACGUGGCGCUCGUGCUGGACGCCAUCCGCGACUCCGAUAAGCUGCAGCUCGUCAACGGGUUCAAGAUGGCGCCACCGUCCCCCUCACAUCGCCUCCUUCCACCGCGUGCGAGCGCUGACACCAGACGUGGCGCUCGUGCUGGACGCCAUCCGCGACUCCGACAAGCUGCAGCUCGUCAACGGGUUCAAGGUAACACGAGAUGGCGCCACCGUCCCCCUCACAUCGCCUCCUUCCACCGCGUGCGAGCGCUGACACCAGACGUGGCGCUCGUGCUGGACGCCAUCCGCGACUCCGACAAGCUGCAGCUCGUCAACGGGUUCAAGGUCCGAACAGCGUUCGAGCCGACAAAAUGGCCUCUACUCGACAUAAUGAUGAAUGAGGACACAGACAAGAGGUCCCCCGACGACAAACAGAAAGAGGACAAUCAGCCAAAGGAAGCGCAGAAGAGCGUAGAAGAGAAGGAGGCGCAGAAGAGCGUAGAAGAGGAGGCGCAGAAGAGCGUGGAAGAGAAGGAAGCGCAGAAAGCGCCCAGUAUAGGUGGGCAGGCGGAGAAGUUUGAGACUAAAAAACCAGAACUAGCGCCUGAAAUCAAACCAGAGCCCUCUCCAGAAACUGAGAAGGCCGCUGAGGAAACGAAAGAGAAGGAAGCUAAAGAGAGCGAGACGGAGGAUAAGGACGACAAGCGGGACAACGAGGACCCGCCGCUGCAGAACGAGGGAGAGGACAAGCCGGGGGAGAAACGCCGUAAGAAGCAGAUGGUGGGCAUCUUCCCGCUGGCCACGAUGGGCGGCCCGCUGGUGGCGCCCGUGUCCAGCCUGCUGCGGGCCGUGCCGCCGCCGCCGCUGCCCAGGAUGUUCCGGACGCGCGGCGCGGGCUCGCCGCCGGCGCACGACCCCCUCAACCCCGACGUGGCCGAGUUCGUGCCACAGCGCAAGACAGAAGAACCUAGCGAGAAACCGGAAGGCGAAUCGAGACAAACCUCUGGAGCCGGCAGCCCCAGCUCCGAGAGAAGCGGCCCCGACGUGUGGACCGAGGUGAAACGGAGGACGAAGGCCGGCAGCCGCGAGCGCUCGGCGCCGGCGCCCGCGCCCGCACCCGCCGACGAGGCCCCGCAGCGCGAGGAGCUUCACUUCCAGCUCGACGAGGAGCUCGACCUGCCGCCGCCCAGGCACAACACCUUCACCGACGGAGACGCCUGGUCGGAUUCCGAAUCGGACUUCGAGCUGUCGGACCGCGACGUGGGCCGGCUGCUGAUCGUGACGCAGACGGGCGGCCGCGCGGUCAAACAUGACGGGCACGACCGCCAGGGCGACUGGAACACCCGCACCAAGAUCUCACAAGAUCUCGAACAGGUCAUAACUGACGGAUUGAGACGGUACGAGGAGGACUUGUGGAACGACACGGAUUAUACUUCGUCUCAUGGCAGCCUGGGCUCGCACUACCGCACCGUGUCGCUGAUAUCCCGCGAACAGUUCGAGGCCACGCAGCCCAACGAGCGGCAUUCCAACCCCGACCAGCCGCCGCCGCCACCGCCGAGGCCGCAGAUGGUGGAGCAACAGGACCAAGGCAGCAAAGCGAAGAGGCCGCGCCGCACGGCCCGGUUCUACGCCGCCAACAAGGACCCACACGCCACCGAUGUUAUCACGAGCCGCAAGCACAAGACCAGGCACAGCCUCAACCCGCCCGUGGAGCACCACGUCGGCUGGAUCAUGGACAUCCGCGAACACCGCGCCAGGACACACAGCACCGGUUCAUCAUUGGGCACGUCACCGACGCUGGGGUCCUCUUGCGGGUCCGUGCCACAAUCGCUGCCGACCUUCCACCACCCGAGCCACGGCCUGCUCCGCGAGAACCACUUCACCCAGCAGGCCUACCACAAGUACCACUCGCGCUGUCUCAAAGAGCGCAAGAAGCUGGGCAUCGGGCAGUCGCAGGAGAUGAACACGCUGUUCAGAUUCUGGUCCUUCUUCCUCAGGGACCACUUCAACAGGACCAUGUAUAACGAAUUCAGGACGCUAGCGAACGAGGACGCCGCCGCCGGCUUCCGGUACGGUCUGGAGUGCCUCUUCCGGUUCUACUCGUACGGGCUGGAGCGCAAGUUCCGCCCCGAGCUCUACCAGCACUUCCAGCAGGAGACCGCCACCGACUACGAGCGAGGUCAACUGUACGGUCUGGAGAAGUUCUGGGCGUUCCUGAAGUACUACAAGCACGCCGGAGCCCUACAGGUGGAGCCCAAGCUGCAGGGCUACCUCGCCAAGUUCAAGAGCAUCGAGGACUUCCGCGUGCUGGAGCCGCAGCUGAACGAGCUGCUGGCGGCGCAGGGCCCGCGGGCCCCGGGCCGCGGGCCGCACGCGCGCGCCUACGACCGCCACCGCUCCGUGUCCGAGAGCGAGCGCAACCACGCCGCGAGGCCCUUCAGCCGACCAGCGCCGGCCAACAAUAGCAACAAUAACCGCGGCCGCGCCGGCUCCUGCGGCUCGCAGAGCGUCGUCGCCAACGCGCGCCCGAGACCGCCGCCCAAGAGCAAACCCGACUCCGCGCCUCCCGCCGCCGCCGCCGCCGCCCCGCAGUGAUCCCGCGCACACACACAGUGCGCACACGACCCAAUGCAUUUGUUACUGACUAUUAUAUAGUGCAUAGACACACAGUCGAUUUAGUGUUAUUAUAUGAGUGUAGUGUUGCCGGGUUAUCGCGGCGAGGACGCUGGGUUGCAGGCGAAAUGGUGUAUAGAGCCUAGCUUGUACGCAUCGACAAUAAACAACGCUACGCGACAAACGCGCGACAACCGCGCGACUAACGCGCGACAGACGCGCGACAACCGCGCGACUAACGCGCGUCACGGCUUAUAGUGUAAGCUACAUAUUAACAAACAUAUAUUAUAUUUUUGACAUUGUAACAUAUUCGAGCCGACCUUCAAAUUGCAGUCAUCUUAGUUAUAUUCAUUUUCCUAGUAUAUAAUUAAUAAUAUAUAUAAAAAAAUAGUUAAGUUUUUUUGUUCGCUUGUGUAGUUAAGGAUUUUUUUUGCCAUGGCAACAUUGAGUGUCAGUUUUGAUUCUGACACUAUCGGCCCGAUUUUAACUUUAAGACACGUCAAUUAAUAGAUCUAGGAACGAUAUGGAUUAGAAUGUUAUUGUCAAAUGUGACGUUACUUCAACCAAAAACGUCACUUUUGACACUGACACAUCUAAUCCAUAUCGUUUCUGGAUCUAUUAAUUGACGUAUCUGAAAGUUCGAAUCGGGCAGUUAAUUCGUAGGUUCUCUUAGGCAAUGUAAAAUGUACAGUCGUUGAUAUUUCGCCGAUAGUCUAAUCAAAACUAGAUAAAAAAAAUAUAGUCCUUUUUUUUUGAGAAACGAAAUUGUAAAUUAACUCAAGACUGGCUUGCGUGUGUAAAGCGGUGUAGGCUUUUAUGUAAGCUCUGGUUUUGAAAAUGUGUGAAUUUCUGAUGUAUAUUUGACUAUGAGUUUUGCGGGUCCCGGGUGAACAUGUUGUACAGUCAACGGUAAAAAUGUGGGUGUACAAAUCAUUUCAAAAAUGUGUCCCAUAACUGUUAUGUCAGUGAAUUAAGAACUAUGGGACAUAUUUUUGAGUAAGUUGUCUACACCCAUAUUUUUACCGUUGACUGUAUGUUAAUUUGCAAACAUUUCUUAACUGAUAAUGCAGACUAGAGCCGGUCCAAGCUAAGUAUGCACCGAAUUUGAUGGGACAUAGUAGAAAAGCCAUUAUAAACGACAUAUUUUCAUAAUUUGACGUUUGUGGGAACGCUUGCAUACUUUUUCAUGUUAAAGUUGGUGCAGAGUUAGCUUAGGCGGCCUAACAAGAAAUUAUAUGACUUUAAAAAGGCCAUUUCAGUUAAAGUUCCUUUUUAUCUAAUUUGUUUUUAUUUUUGGUAUUUCUACUUAGAAUCACGAGCUCUUUCGAUCCUAAUAAGAAAAAAAAGUGUCUUUAGAUUUUUAUUUUUAUUCCGUUCCGACGGUAACGGAAUGGAAGAAACGAAAAAUGCAUGGAGAUUUUGGGAUAUUUUUUUUUUCCUAUUAGGAUCGAAAGAGCUCAUGAUUCUGAGUAGAACUAACAUAAAAUAAUUCCAAAUUAAAAAUAUGUAUAGUCAAGGAAUAUAAUUUCAGUAACAUUCCAUAACUUGUCACAAUGACCAUAGUAUGAGGUCGUUUGCGACUAUAUUAAUUGUCACUGUGACAAGGUCCGAAAUGGUAUGAGAAUUAAAUUUUUUGACUUAUAAAAUGACCUCAAAAUAGGUCUGUUUUCUCAUAGAGAAAUAUAGUAAGAAUAGAGUGCUUCUAGUAUCAAGUAGCGGUACUGAUAAUUCUGCUAUUCGAUGCUAGAUGUCGACUACGAAAAUAAUAGUCGUUUUGGUACCAAAAGUGAUGUAUGGAGUGAGCACUCUAUGUAUUUUUUUCUCUAUGGUUUUGUAUUUGACACAAAGAAUACUAAACUCGGAUUAUUUUGAAUAAGUUCAUACUGCACAGUUCAGAAAUGUAUGUAUGUCUGUCAGUUCGUUCCGGGUCUGUCGUAUACUGCCACUUAUCAUUUAUGACACAACACAGCACACAUUACUGUAAACUCCGCAUAUAAUAUGAGAUAGCAUUGAGAUGAAAUGCGUGUGUAUAUAAUAAUAAUAAAAAAAACUGUUAAAUAUUGUAAUCGUGCUAUUUUAUAUUAUAUUAUAUAUAAUGCCAAUUGAACGUUCAAACGAAGCAUUUUAUGAAAUAUAUAUUGUUUAAUUGGUGUUUUACUAGCAUUUGAUUUCAACUGCUGACAAGCAAUUAUAAAAUACUACACAUACUAUAAACACAUUUUUAUCUUAGUCUUUUUCUCAUGCAAAUAAGGCAGACAGAGUCAAAACCGUGUGUUAUAUUUUCAUAUAGAUUAAAACAAUGACUCGCCCUAGAACGGUCCGCGCCCGGUCCGAGACGUCCGACACUUCUUUUUCUAUGACGGGUGAUCACGUGAUGCUUUCUAUAGAAAAUGAAUUGUCAGACGACUCGGCCCGGACCCGGACCGUUCUAGCGCGAGUAUUUUUUUUAAUCUAUAUGAAAAUAUAACACUCGGUUUUGACUCUGUCUGCCUUAUUUGAAUGAAAUAGGACUUAGAUAAAAGUAUGUUAUUGUAGAGAUGCUAAAAUGUGACGUUCACAAGCAAAAGGUCGUCGCUAACCUGAAGAUGAAAUUCGCUCGUAUCUUAAUACGAAUAACCUGUCCUUAUGACAAGCGACAAUGAUGCACCUUUUACUAGAGAACGUCACAAAUAAUAGGUAAUUGUUAGUUAUCGGCCGUCACUUGUUUUCUGCAUUUUUAUGCUUGUCAGUAAAAAGUUUUCGUAUGCUAGUAAUUUCGUUUUUUUUUGUAUCGUAAUAAUUAACUUGCUCAAUAAACUUGAACGACGAAAAUGACGUGACGGUGCGAGUGCGUCAUCCGACAUGAAUGACGUGCGUCAUGACUUGUUUUUGAAAAGUUGACAUACUUGUAAUAUAGGGUGUUUCUCCAACACUCGGGCUACUUGCACUAGCCCACUAACCCGGGGUUAAGCGGUUAAACCGUUAACCAACAGUCAUAUUGUACUGGUAACCAUGGUAACUCCAGAUUUAACCGGUUAACCCCGGGCUAGUGGGAUGGUGCAAGUGGCACUUAGUCAUAUUUUGUGGGGUCGGUUUAAAUGUCAUACUGAGCAGUUUUUACUGUGGUACAAACACAGAAAUUGCGAAAAAAAUAUUGUCUCUUUCAUACAUUUUGGCUGAGACAUACAUUUUUGUUCAUUUCGGGGUUGGUCUCAUAGUAAAAGUUGAUCAUUAUGACCUUUUUAUGCACCUUGCAAAAUUUCGCUAAAGUUUGAAAAACAUCUUGUUAAUAAAUUUAAUACAAGUCAAUAGUUUCGAUUGGUGCCUUUAAAAAUAAUCUUAAUAUAAUUUCUAGCUUUGAAAUAGUCAUAGAACUUGCAUGCAAGGCACUUGGAAUUGAUGUAAUUCCACAUUUAGUUGAUAAAUAUUUUUAUAAUGAUGUCAGCGUAUGUUAGAUUCAUUGGCUGUUAUCACUAAUAGACUAAUUUUGGGGUUGAUAACAAGGUUAAAAUUAUUCUAGAUAAAUUUAGUAUAGGCCAAAACAACGCAGAUGUAGUGCAUAAUUGUUUUCCAUCGUAUUUUCUCGGAAACGUUCGUAUUUGUCAUGCCACUUCAGUCAACCUCAGUACUUUUUGUACCGAGACUGACUGAAAUAGCAAGACACGUUCGUACGUCGUGAAAAUACGAUGGAAAAUAAUUAUACACUAGGUCUGUACGUGUUUGUAGUAAAUCUUUCAAUAAAGUUACGGAUGUUAGCACAUCAAUUCAAAUAAAUAGGUUUUUAAAUUAUUCAUCUUGGAUAAUGCACUCGAAAUCCCGGAUACUUAAAAAAAAACUGUAGAGAGCACUAAAAUCCAGUGUGCGUUUUUUCUUAGUUAAUAAGUGUGCUUUUUAAACAUAGUUUUUAUUUUUCCAUUGCCGCAAACUUGACGAUUACAAUUUUAUAAAAAGGCAUUCACUACUGAAUUGUUUGUCGCUUUAGAAUAGCCAGGAUACUUGGUAAUUAUCUGACACAUGUCAAAACUCUAUUAAUUUUUGACAUGAUACAGCUUGACAUCAAAAUGCAAUGGUUUUACAUGUCUGGUAACGUCGCACGUCGUUCUUCGGAGUGAAAUUUUAUUUACCACCCCAUACUCUGCGUAGUGAAUUUAUAGGUCCAUUCCAUACUGAACAACUUUUAUUGUGGAACCAAUGCAGAAAUCGUGAAAAAAAAUGACUGUUUCAUACAUUCCGGCUAAUGUGAUACCGCUGACUAUGUGACAGACAAGUUUUUUUUCGCCUUUUCGACAUUGGUCCCAUAAUAAAAGUUGUUCAGUAUGACCUAUAAAUUCACUAUGCGGAGUAUGGCUGGUGAAUACAAUUUAACCCUGUGUAGUCUCGAAUGUCGAGCGAUAUUGUCAGAAAUGUCAGAAGAAUUCGCGCAAUUACUGUGUCCAAUAUAAGUAUUCAGAGUGACGAUUUACAUUCAGUCGCAAACACAGUGAAAACGAUGCUUACUUUGAUAUCCUGGUCACGGCACCAAUUGUAAAAGUUUGCGGCAGGUGCGUUUAGUUUUCGACGAUAAUACUUUUCCCGUAAAACGGGUACAUGUUUCAGUUUCGACUCACAACUAGCGCACCAAACUCCGGUGUUGUUUUUAGAAAAUAUUUCAACACAUUCUUAUUAUGUUUUUUUAGGUUAACGGUUGUUCCCCGUAAAAUCAAAUUCUAAUUACCAAUUAGUUAUGAUUUUAACUUAGUAUGAUUUGAUCACUACAUGCGUAUCAUUUGCAUUAAGGGCCACAUUAGCGUCUCUCGAGUGUCGGCGUCUAGUCCACUCUAUGGAUGCUGCUCGACGCAACUGCGCAGCGAUACCCUUGUCCAUAGCGCUGACUAGACGCAGACGCUCAAAAGACGCUAGUGAGGGGUGGCCUUAAAACGCUACUGGGUCAUAUAUAUAAAUUAUUGACAUGAAAUAGUGAUUACAACCUUAACCUGUUUAGUUUAAGGUCGAAAUUCGUACAAAGACUUGUCAUCGGGCGUUCGUAAAUUUAUAUGAAUGUGCCUUUGAUUAUUAUUCUAAAAACAAUACCGGAGAGUAAUACUUAUUCGUAUAUAGUUGUAUGUCGUAAAGACAGCUUCGAUCGCUUCUACAUUACUUAUAUAAUAGUUCCUAUAUCGUAAUAAAAUGACACAGGAAUCGUUUAUGCAAUUUCGUAAUGUUUGUUCCAAAUUACCGCGUAUUUUUAGCAAUAAUAAUGUUAGCUGUAUGCACUGUUAGUUUAUUUUGUCGAUUUCUGUGUCGAAAAUGGCUGUCGGCAUGAUUCUUGAGCGAUACUGUCGUAUAUAUACGACAGCAUAUACUCAGAUUGUCUUCUAUACACGACAGCGUAUAUUAUGCUAACUUAGACAUAGAUUUGCGUGGUGCAAAUUUGACAACUAUUCUUACACUGAAUGAGAUGAGUCUAUUCGAAUUUAAAUCUAGUUUUAGACUAUAAAUUGAUUCAUAUUGAUUGGAUUUCGAGUUAUUCAGCGUAAGUUGUAAGAAUAAAAGCGAAAGGCUAAUAAGGUUUUACCUUUUGUUACGCUUGGGAUUAAACUUGCACCCGGGAAAGCAUUGUCAAAUUUAAGUUUGAAAGACGAAAGUUCAAGACCCCUGCCGGCAGCAUUUCUUUGAGUUGCCGUCCCCCGAUGGUAUUUUAGCUUAGUUUUGACCAAGUAAAGUACGACUAAAACAUAGUUUGAAGCGGUCCUGCGUAAGACCUAGACUUUUUGGACGAGGUCUCUAAACACAGCUAGACUAUUAGUAAAAGAUUUUUUGACAGAACACGAAUUAAAAAAAGUAGUGUUUAUGAUUUAUAUGCAUGCAUGAGUUUUGAAUAGAGACUCGUCCGAAAUCAAAGUCUACACUUAAGUCUUAUGACAUUAUUGUUAAGUUGUUUUUAAUUGUUGCUAUUUUUUUUUUCGUAAGUACGCCAAAGGAGACGACGUAAAAUGCUGAUGUUAAAUCAUAGGAUUAUUGUAUAAAUGGAAAAUAUACAAAAAAAAAAAUAUGUUGCUGUAACUUUAAGUGAUAUUGUACAUUAAGGUCGGAGCCGGUCGCUCGUUGUUUUUCAUUUUAAAUUCAAUUUGGUUGUAAUAUAGAGUAGUCGCUGAGGUACGGAUGGUAUUCCGUACAAGCUGGUUUUCUCAGUGGUCAAUUCCAUUAGAUUUUGAAUCAAAAGCUGUUGUUAAAAAGUUGCAAUACGGAAAGUACGGUCAGCUGCAGAAUUAGCUUAGCGGAUCUGGUCUACAAAAUAUUUGUACUUGUGUUCAGAUCAUUUUGUAGACUCUUUUAGUUUAUGCUGGUGAUCUUACGACGCGUCAGAGCCAUCUAGCGAAGCUGCAUAUACAAUUAUACAUUGACCUAAACCUUUGUACUUGCGUAAAGUCAUCAGUCUGAAAGCCUUAUAUCACUCAAGUAACACGGGGAGUCGUAUAUAGUUAAGAUUAACUCGCCUUCAAACCGUGUUGAGUUUCGCUUGGCUUGACAACCAAAAAUACUGUCGUGACAGAUUUAAUUUGCUUGUACAUCCGCCAUCAGAUAUACCGAAGCGGCCAAGGCCAAUAUUUGCGAGUAAAAUAUCUAAAAAACGCCUCUAUUGUCAAGGCGUGUUCAGAUAUUUUUGAUCGCCUCGGCCGCUCCGAUAUAUCUGAUAACCACUGAAUAAACUGGUUGGUAUGGAUACUUUCUGUUCGAAAAUACCUGACAAUUAUUGGAAACUGAGUCGGUUUUUCAACUCUGCGGUAGUCCUGUAGUCAGCAUAGUAAUUGAUAAAUUUAGAUUUCGACGCUUGCUUCGGCGGGCUACGAAUGAUGGUGUAAGUUUUUUAUUGGAAUUUUCGCAAUGUUUUCGGUAUCUUGUUUGAUUUUGUUUCGUAUCGCCGUCGCCGACGCUCCAUAUGGCUGUAAGUUAUACAUUAUAUACAUAUUAUUAUUAUAUUGAUAAAAUAAAUUAAUAAUAAAAGCA